AUGAGUGAUUGCAAUAUUAGUGGCAGCAUUCCCAAAGAAAUCAAAAACUUAAACAACUUGAUAGAUAUAAGGUUACAAAACAAUGAAUUGAUUGGGUCUAUCCCAGUUACACUUGGUGGACUACAGAAACUCCAAGGUUUGAACCUUGGAAAUAAUAAAUUAGAAGGAUCCAUCCUGGAUCAUCUUUGUCAUUUGAACAAAUUAGUUGACUUGCAACUAGAUGGUAACAAGAUUUAUGGAUCCAUACCUGCAUGCUUGGGUAAUCUCAAUACCCUAAGAACUCUAUCGUUAGCCUUCAACGGGCUAACUUCUAUCAUACCCUCAACUUUAUGGCAACUUAACGACAUCUUGCACUUUAAUUUGUCGUCAAAUUUUCUACAUGGAUCUCUCCCAUUAGAAAUUCAAAAUCUAAAAGCUGUGGUAGAUAUAGAUUUGUCAAAUAAUUUUUUGCUUGGCAAUAUUCCAAUCAUUAUCGGAAACCUAAAAAAUCUACAAAAUCUCUCUUUAGGAUCUAAUAGAUUACAAGGCCAAAUUCCUAAAUCUUUUGGUGACUUGAUAAGCUUGGUGUUUUUGGAUUUGUCUAAUAACAACCUCUUUGGAGUUAUUCCUAAAUCUUUAGAAAAACUCUUGUACCUCAAAUAUGUAAACUUAUCUUUCAACCGAUUGAGUGGUGAAAUUCCUACCGGAGGGUCUUUUAGAAACUUCUCGGCUGAAUCAUUUAUGGAUAAUCUUGCUUUGUGUGGUUCUUCCCAACUACAAGUUUCACCAUGUAGAAAAAGCACUCAUCGAAAAUCAAGGACUAAAAAGGCUCUCCUACCGAUUGUUUUGACACUAAGCAUUAUGUUCACGUUAGUUGCCCUGCUUCUUACAUUUGUGUUGAUUAAAUGCCUAAAAAAGCCCACAAAGCCAUCUACCAAUACUGAUAUGUUGUCACAUGAAACAUGGAGGAGAAUUUCUCAACACAAACUAGUGAGAGCAACAGAAGGAUUUAGUGAGAAUAACCUGCUUGGUAGAGGAAGUUAUGGUUCAGUUUACAAAGGAAGAUUAGAUGAUGGGAUGGAGCUUGCAGUAAAGGUAUUCCACUUGCAUCUUGAAGGAGCAUUUACAAGUUUUGAAGCUGAAUGUGAAGUAAUGAGUCGUAUUCGUCAUCGAAAUCUUGUCAAAAUCAUUAGCAGUUGUUCAAAUGAUGAUUUUAAAUCUUUCAUACUAGAGUACAUGCCCAAUGGGAGCCUGGAAAAAUGCUUGUAUUUUGACAACAAUGUUUUGGACAUAUCCCAUAGGUUAACCAUAAUGAUCGAUGUUGCAUCAGCUUUGGAAUAUCUCCAUUUUGGUUAUUCAAAUCCCAUCAUUCAUUGUGACUUAAAGCCCAAUAACGUCUUGCUAGACGAAAAUAUGGUUGCACAUUUGAGUGAUUUUGGCAUUGCAAAGCUCUUAGGUGAAGAAGACUCUAUGACACAAACACAGACCCUUGCCACCAUUCGUUAUAUGGCGCCAGAACAUGGAAGAGAAGGAAAAGUGUCCAAAAAAGGAGAUGUGUACAGCUAUGGUAUCAUGCUAAUGGAAAUAUUUACAAGGAAGAAGCCAACAGAUGAAAUAUUUACUGAAGAAAUGAGCUUAAGGAGUUGGGUUGGUGAAUCAUUAUGUCACACAGUGAUGCAAGUCCUAGACACAAAUUUACUAAGAAGGGAUGAUGAACAUUUCUCAAGCAAGGACGAAUGUGUGUCGUCUAUCUUGAGAUUGAAAGGAUGA